GAAUUGUGAUUGAGAAAUGAAGCUAGCUAGCUAAUCAAAAAUGUUAAACAUCAUUAUAAUUCCGCAGAUUAUUGGUGGUUCAAAAUACAGAAAUGCGGCGGUACUAUAGCUACAAAGAGUUGAGUAAAUAAUCGUUCGUUUGGUUUGGAUAGAUGUGAUCUAAACUCAAAUAAUCAUGGAACUUCUGCCUGUUCUUGAUCCACUCGACACGCCAAAAGAGGGAAUAUGGUACUCUUUAAUACCAAGAGGCAGAGCACCAGGUGUUAGUGUUGGUCACACAUGUACUUUCUAUUCAUCUGGAAACAGAGAGAAAGGAAAAAUACUCAUUGUGGGAGGUGCCAACCCAAGCGGCAGUUUCUCCAAUACUUUUAUCAUAAAUUUAGAUACUCAUGAGUGGGACAUCCCAGAAUGGGAGGGUUUGGAUGCCAGGUAUGAGCACUGCAGCUUUGUGCCGGAGCGUUGUCCACACAGCCUGUGGUUGUUUGGAGGUGCACAUCAGAGUGGUAAUCUCCAAUGCAUCCAAAAAAUACAACUAAACGAAAAUAAACCUUCCUGGCAGACGGUUUCAGUCAAUGGAAAAAUACCAAGUGCAAGGACUUACCACACAAACUCAGCCUGUGUUGGGGACAGACUUUUUGUCUUUUCUGGCGGGGAAGCAGGAACUAUGCCUGUCCUAGACUCUCAACUUAACGUCUUUGAUACAGGGUCCCUUACAUGGUCACAGCCAGAAACUCGGGGUACACCUCCACCUGCUCGGCACGGCCACAUAGUUGUAGCUGUGGGAUCCAGAAUUUUCAUUCAUGGUGGCAUGGCUGGUGAAAAAUUCUUCAGUGAUUUGUUUGCUCUUGACACGGGGACAAUGUCAUGGGAGCAAAUCCAUACAAAAGGAGACAUUCCUCCAGCUGUAGCUGCUCACGCUGCUGUGGCUUUAGACCGGCACAUUUAUGUCUUUGGUGGAAUGACUGCAGGUGGCGCCAGCAACUUCAUGUACAGAUUUAACACAGAUAAUGACUACUGGACCAAGAUGAAAUUUGAGGGAGAUUUGCCACCGAAUCGUUUAGAUCACUCAAUGUGUUUGGUACCUUGGAAAGUGUCUGAGAAGACUGAAGAUGGGCAACAAGAUACUAAGACAAAACACUUGGCAUUUGUUUUCGGAGGAAUGGACACUCAAGGUGUUAUUCAUAAUGACUGUAUCGUGACAGUGCUAACAUGAUUUGAGAAUAAAUGUAUU